ACUAGAUGGAUGGUUACAGUUUAUGGCAUGCUUAGUUCAUUAGCUACUCUUUUAGUACCUUUUGCUAGCACUCUAGGAUUCUGGACAUUAUUAGCUGUUCGAGUUGUUCAAGGAUUUGGUGUUGCAACUUCAUACGUUGCAAUGAGCACUAUAAGCGAAGAAUGGGCACCUCUAAGCGAAUCUGGAAUGUUUCUCUGCCUUAUUUCUUGUCAUUUUCAGGUGAAUAAUUUAUUUUAG